AUGGCAAGGCGGGCGGUUUCCGUCGAGAUCUUUGCGGCAGGAGACGGCAUUAACUACCCUCAGAAGGGGCAGACGGUGACCGUUCAUUACACAGGAUACUUGGAGGAUGGGACACAAUUCGACUCGUCUCGAAAUCGAGGCAAACCUUUCAAGUUUAAGUUGGGCAGCGAGCAGGUAGUCCCGGGACUAGACGAUGGCGUGAGCCAGCUCAGCAUUGGAGAACGAGCAAAGGUUACAAUUCCCGCGGCCUCAGCGUACGGGGCACGAGGAUUCCCGGGCCUUGUUCCCCCGCACUCGGCGCUCGUGUUUGACUUAGAGUUGAUCACGUUCAACUGA